CGCACACGAAGGCAUCAUUGGUGCUGCUGCCCAGUGACCCAGCGGUUGGUUCAGCUCAGUUCAGCGGGUCGUUGUCACUUUCCCGUCACGUGUGUCAGCAAACUUUUCACCAAAAGUUUGUGGUUCAUCGCGAACGAAAUAUACAAUUAACGUCUGAAAAUGUCCCAGAACUCGUGGGCGCAGGCUGUCGAUGUCCAGGAGACCACAGCUCUAUCAGUGCAGUUGGACUCUUCCAAAAAAGUACAGGGUUUGUAUGGAGGACGUUACAAGAGAGGAGACGUAAACGCGAACAUUGUCCUGGAGAAAAAAGAAAAUGGAGGCAGGACCAAAGACAGCGAUUCGGUGGACCCGGCUGAACAAUCCCUGCUAUACAAACUGAUCCGCCGCUCUCUGGUGCGGAACAGAAACCAGGUGGAGGUCCUUCAGAGGGACCCAACCUCCCCUCUCUACUCGGUCAAGACGUUUGAGGAGCUGAGACUGAAACCUGAGCUGUUGAAGGGUGUGUACAACAUGGGCUUUAACAGACCGUCCAGAAUCCAGGAGAAUGCAUUGCCCAUGAUGCUGGCACAGCCACCUCAGAAUCUGAUUGCACAGGCUCAGUCCGGCACAGGUAAAACUGCUGCGUUUUCUCUGGCCAUGCUCAGUCAUGUAGACCCAGCCAAUAAGUGGACUCAGUGCCUGUGCAUUGCACCAACAUAUGAGCUCGCGCUGCAGAUCGGUCAUGUCAUCGAGCAAAUGGGAAAAUUUUAUCCAGACGUGCAACUUGCAUAUGCCAUUCGUGGCAACAGAAUGGAGCGAGGCAUCAAGCUACAACAGCAGAUUGUCAUUGGAACACCAGGCACAGUCCUCGACUGGUGCACCAAGUUCAAGCACAUCGACCCCAAGAAGAUCACCAUGUUUGUGCUGGACGAAGCGGAUGUGAUGAUUGCCACGCAGGGUCAUCGUGACCAGAGCUUUCGAAUCCAUAGACAGCUACCAAAGGACUGCCAAAUGCUCUUGUUCUCUGCAACAUUUGAGGACUCUGUGUGGAAGUUUGCAGAGAAAGUGGUUCCAGACCCAAAUAUCAUCAAGCUGAAACGUGAAGAGGAGACGCUGGACACAAUCAAACAGUUCUACGUGGUCUGCAAGCAGGAGGAGGACAAGUUCAUUGCUCUUUGCAAUCUCUACGGAUGUCUUACCAUUGCACAGGCAAUGAUCUUCUGCCACACUCGCAGGAUGGCUGCUUGGCUAGCUGCAAACCUGACUCAAGAGGGCCACCAGGUGGCAUUGCUGAGUGGAGAAAUGACCGUGGAGCAAAGAGCUGCUGUCAUUGAACGCUUCCGUGAUGGCAAGGAGAAGGUGCUCGUUACCACGAAUGUGUGCUCUAGAGGUAUUGAUGUUGAGCAGGUGUCACUUGUGGUCAACUUUGACCUGCCGGUGGACAUUAAUGGAAAUGCCCACAAUGAGACAUACCUUCACCGGAUUGGCCGGACUGGACGCUUUGGCAGAAAAGGAUUUGCUGUCAACAUGGUUGACAGUGAACACAGCAUGGACAUCAUCCACCAGAUUGAGAUGCAUUUCAACAGGAAAAUCAUAGAAAUUGACACCAGCAAUCUUGAAGAAAUGGAAAAGCUGUUCAGUUGAAAACCUCUUCUACGCACACAACACCGAAGCAGUUCAAACACGUUACCUCAAUUGUAAGUUCUUUCAAGACAUUUGUGCUCACAUUUUAUUGUUUUACAGAAAAGAUGCAUGCAAAUGUUGUUCAUACAAAAUUCUUGGGCAAAAGUUUUCACCUGGAUUUCAGGUAUGUCUGAAGUUGAUUUACCCCUGAAGUCUCAGUAAGCCAUUAAGUUGAGUCUCCUCGAGACUAAACCAACCACUAGCUGUUAAAGCAGCAUUUAAAAAAGGUGACGAUAAUAAUGUACUUGUUUGCUGUGUUUUGAUUCGUUUUCUUUUUAUUAGAAGUGUAUAUUUCUGUAGAUCAAUGGGACAUAAUGUUUCAUCUACGCAUCUUUGCAUGAUUUGCCUCUGACUGAGUUCUGAUUUAAUAUCCUUAAGUGACUUAUUUGGUUGUUAUAUCUUGUUUGUGUGGAUUUAAAAGAAUAAAUAAAUGUACCGUCACAUGUGAACAACAUUGAAAUGCGGUUUCUGUCUUGACAGCUUUGGUUUGAUACUAAACAACAUGCACUGUGUCUGAUAACAGUUGAUCCGUUUCUGAGGUUACAAUGAGGUCAAAAGAAAGUAAGCCUGUAACUCUAAUUCUCUGCACUUGGGGAUUGUUUCAAUAAAUUCUCUGGCAUCUUG